GAAGCGCCAGCAGCCACGGGUGGCUGCCGCAGCCGAGCCGGUCAACCCCCAUGGAUGCUUAGUUUUUUUUAAAAAAGUUUUAUAAUCCGGGCCGCAGCGGAAGCCAUGGAUCGUGGUCAAACCCGGCAAAGGUAUUUGUAGUGGCACGUCCCAUGCCUCCUCGCCACCCCUCGAACCCACGCACAAGGAUGACGACGACGAUGAUGAGGCUGAGGCAGCACCUGGCCUCCCCUAUUUAUACCUCCGCCAUCGCCAGGAUCGGCAACAGAGCCCACCACCACCGCCUCCCCAUCGCGCCACCGCAAAAGCUGCGACCAAGUACUGCUAGUACUACCCACAACAAGCUCCUGCUCCUCCUGAUUCUUCUGCUAGUCGUCGUCUUCUUCUUCUUCUUGAUCCCGACCGUCUUGUUGCCCCCAGACCGAACCAUGUCGUCGUCGUCGUCGUCGUCUUCCUCUGCAUCGGACGCCGCCGCUUCGACGCCGUUCGAGAAGCCCAGGGCCGUGGUCAAGAAGCUCCUCGCCGAGUCGCAGCCCGAGGGUCAGGGCGCCACCGUCCGGAGGAGCAUCGGCAGGCAUGAGCUCAGGAACCUGGACCCCUUCCUCAUGCUCGACGAGUUCUCAGUCUCCAAGCCCGCCGGGUUCCCCGACCAUCCCCACAGAGGAUUCGAGACCGUCACCUACAUGCUCGAGGGCGCCUUCACCCACCAGGAUUUUGCAGGCCACAAGGGCACCAUCAGGACAGGGGAUGUCCAGUGGAUGACUGCCGGGCGUGGCAUCGUGCACUCGGAGAUGCCGGCGGGAGACGGGGUGCAGAAGGGCCUGCAGCUCUGGAUCAACCUCUCCUCCAAAGACAAGAUGAUCGAGCCCCGGUACCAGGAGCUCCAGAGCAAGGACAUCAGCCGCGCCGACAAGGACGGCGUGGAGGUCCGGAUCAUCGCCGGCGAGGCCUUCGGCGUGCGCUCCCCGGUGUACACGCGCACCCCGACCAUGUACAUGGACUUCACCAUGCGGCCGGGGUCGGAGCUCCACCAGCCCAUCCCGGAGGGCUGGAACGCCUUCGUCUACAUCAUCGACGGCGAGGGCGUGUUCGGCCGGGAGAGGUCGGCCCCCGUCGGCGCGCACCACUGCCUCGUGCUGGGCCCCGGCGACGGGCUGAGCGUGUGGAACAAGUCCGGCGCGCCGCUGCGGUUCGCGCUGGUGGGCGGGCAGCCGCUGGGCGAGCCGGUGGUGCAGCACGGGCCCUUCGUCAUGAACUCGCGCGCCGAGAUCCAGCAGGCCAUGGAGGACUACUACUACGGCAAGAACGGCUUCGAGAGGGCCACCCAGUGGACCUCCUCCUCCGCCUGAUCCACAGAGAAAUCGACACAGGGGGAAGAAAAAGGAAAACAAAACAAUUGAUGUCCUCCAUCAUACUUGGAUUGGACAGAGUUGACCAUUAGCCUAUACAUACUACUGUACUCUUAUCUUGAUAACUAAUUUUUUCUCUCCUUAUUGUCUUGUAUGGUGAUUGUAAUAAGCAGAUUGGAGAAUUUAUUUACAGUCUGUUCUAAUAUACCAUCAUGAUUUCUUUCAAUGGAUUAAAUUUGUCCA